UGGGCUGCUCGGGCUCCGCAGGCGGCGGCUCGGCUGCCUCCGGCUGGGCUCGGAGAGCUGAGGCUGCGCACGUCGAUGAGCGUAGGGGACCGUCGGUAGUGAAGCGGCAGGUCCUGUGACCUCCUGCGCCCCCCAGCGUCCCUGGAUACUACCGGUGGGCCCUGGAGGGCCGAGGCUGGUGGGGACCGGCCCGCGCUCCCGGACGCAGGUGGGACUGAGCCCGCGGAGCAGGUGUGCGACGCGGGGUGCUUGCGGGCCCGUGAGCCGGGGCAGCCGGCGGCAGCGGGGGAAACCCGCGCGCGACGUUGACACGACGGUGCCAGAACCCGCGUCGCUGUGCGUCUGGGGCGAGACCCCGAGCUCUGGAGCCUGAAAGGCUGGGAUCAGUUCCCGCUCUGUCACCUGUUAGGUGGCCUGGGUGAGUCUGGUUUCUCACCUGGGAACGAGGAUGUCCAGGUUUCAGCUUCUUGCAACAAAGUAGCCCUUGUGAAGUAGGAAGAAGGGCCCCUCUGUGUACAAUAGUUUUACCUGGAAGAGAAACCUCUCUGACUUAAGCUCUUUCUCCAGAGCUUCAGAGCAAGAGACAAGAUCCCAAGAAGAAGCAGAUCCUAGAUUUGCAUGAUCAGAAGCAGUUCUUGUUCCUCCUGCCCAGGGAGCCUCAGAAAAAUGAAUACAUCUCAGGCCUCAGUGUCGUUCAAGGACGUGACUGUGGAACUCUCCCAGGAGGAGUGGCAGCACAUGGGCCCUGCCCAGAGGACCCUGUACAGAGAGGUGAUGCUGGAGAACUACAGCCACCUGGUCUCCGUGGGGUUCUGUUUUACCAAACCAGAACUGAUCUUCACAUUGGAACAAGGAGAAGAUCCGUGGUCAUUAGAGAAAGAAAAAGGAUUCCUAAACUGGAGUUCCCCAGAAGACUCACAACCUGAUAAAGUCUCAGAAAAGAGCCCAGAAAAUCAAGGCAAACGUUUGUGGCAAGUUUUGUUCACCAACAGAUCAUUGACUACAGAGCAAGAAAUUCCAGAGAAACCAUGUAACCUGGAAAUAAAUAUUUUCCCUACAAGAAUGAUGCCUUAUCGGUGUAUUGCUUCUGGGCCUACUUACCCAAGCCUCAGCCUUUUGGCCUCACGCUGUCAGUAUUCAAGAGGAAAGACUUGUGAGCUUAACUUGUAUGAGAGGUGGCUCCUCAGUAUUAAAGGUCACCCAACUAAUCUUGGAGAGGAGUCUUUUGUUUGCAGUAAGAAUGUGAGAGCUCUCCAGCGUAAGGAGGAAGUUAUUCAGCCUCAGACAAUUCAGAAUUUGGGGCAGGAUUUUCAAUAUAAAGAACGUGGUAAAACUUUACUUGAAAAGGCCGCCCUUGUUACUUCUCCUGUGGUCCACCAAAAGGUGAAAUCGUAUAAAUUCAGUACAUUUGGAGAAAACCAAGGUGACAGAUCCACCUUUUUCAUCUCCCAGAGCAUUCACCCAAAGGACAAGAGUCACUGUGAGUUUAAUGAAAGCAGGAAUAGUUUCAGUAGGACCACCCAAAGAACCAACACAGGAGGAAAACCCUUUGGCCACAAAUCCCACAUUAGAGGACAGCAGAGAAUUCACUUUGAGGUGAAGCACUUUGAAUAUGAAAAAAAUUUCAGCCAUAAUUCACCCCCACAGGUACAUCAAAGAACUCACACAACAGAUAAACCCGCUGACCUUAACACGUGUGUAGAAACAUUCAGCUGCCAAUCAACUUUUAGUGAGCAUCCAAGAACCCACAUAAGGGUGAAACCCUGUGAGGGUGAUGCAUGUGGGAAAUCCUGCUCUACGAAUUUACUCCUGAUUCGGCCUCAGAAAAGUCAGAGUGGGGAGAAACCCUAUGAAUGUCCUUACUGUGGGAAAGCUUUCGGUGAGAAGGCACGCCUAAGGAAACAUCAGAGAACUCACACAGGAGAGAAGCCAUACAAAUGUGACGGAUGUGAGAAGUCUUUCAGUGCAAAGUCAGGCCUCAGAAUCCAUCAAAGAACCCACACAGGGGAGAAACCCUUCGAAUGUCAUGAAUGUGGGAAGUCUUUCAACUAUAAGUCAAUCCUCAUAGUACACCAGAGAACACACACGGGAGAGAAACCCUUUGAAUGCAGUGAAUGUGGCAAAUCUUUCAGCCACAUGUCAGGCCUUAGGAAUCACCGGAGAACUCAUACAGGGGAGAGGCCAUAUAAAUGUGAUGAGUGUGGGAAAGCUUUCAAACUGAAGUCAGGCCUAAGAAAGCACCACCGAACACACACAGGGGAGAAGCCCUACAACUGUAAUCAGUGUGGAAAAGCUUUUGGACAGAAAUCACAGCUUAGAGGGCACAACAGAAUUCACACGGGGGAGAAACCCUAUACCUGCAGUCACUGUGGGGAAGCGUUCAGUCAGAAAUCAAACCUCAGAGUACAUCACAGAACUCAUACUGGGGAGAAACCCUAUAAAUGUGAUGAAUGUGGGAAAACAUUCAGGCAGAAAUCAAAUCUCAGAGGACACCAGAGAACUCACACAGGGGAGAAGCCCUAUGACUGUAAUGAAUGUGGAAAAGCUUUUAGUGAGAAGUCAGUCCUGAGAAAGCACCAGCGAACUCACACGGGGGAGAAACCCUACACCUGUGCUCAGUGUGGGGAAGCUUUCAGUCAGAAAUCAAAUCUCAGAGUACAUCAGAGAACUCACACAGGAGAGAAACCUUACAAAUGUGAUAGAUGUGGGAAAACUUUCAGCCAGAAAUCAAGCCUCAGAGAACAUCAGAAAGCCCAUGCAGGAUUAAAUCUGUAUGAGUGCACCAAUUGUGGAAAGUCUUCCUUUGAGAAGUCAGCCCUGGAGGAACACAAUAAAUUUAACACUGCUAUGAAACCCUAUAGAUGUAGUGAAUGUGGGAAAUCCUUUUGUCAGAAAGGCCAUCUCAUUCAGCACCAGAGAACUCACACAGGAGAGAAACCAUUUGAAUGUAAUGAAUGUGGAAAAACUUUCUCCCAAAAGUCCCACCUCAAUACACAUCAAAGAAUUCACACAGCAGAGAAACCCUAUAAGUGUAAUGAAUGUGGGAAGACAUUUGUCCAAAAGUCAACCCUCAGGGGACAUCUGAGAAUCCACACAGGAGAGAAACCCUAUGAAUGUAUUGAGUGUGGGAAAACUUUUGUUCAGAAGUCGACCCUCAGAGAUCAUCACAGAAUUCACACAGGGGAGAAAUCCUUUCAUUGUAAUGAAUGUGGAAAAACUUUUGGCCAGAAAUGUAACCUUAGAAUACAUCAAAGAACUCAUAGUGGGGAGAAGACAUACCAGUGUAAUGAAUGUGAAAAAUCCUUCUGGCGCAAAGAUCAUCUCAUUCAACAUCAGAAAACUCACACAGGAGAGAAACCAUUUCAGUGUAAUGAGUGUGGGAAAACCUUUGCCCGGACAUCAACUCUCAGAGUGCAUCAGAGAAUUCAUACUGGGGAGAAACCAUUUAAAUGUAAUGAGUGUGGGAAAAAGUUUGUACGGAAAGCAAUCCUUUGUGAUCAUCAGAGAAUUCAUACAGGGGAGAAACCCUUUCAGUGUAAUAAAUGUGGGAAGACGUUUGGGCAGAAAUCAAACCUCAGAAUACAUCAGAGAAUUCACAGUGGGGAGAAAGCUUAUGAGUGCAGUGAGUAUGGGAAAGUGUAUAAGUCAACUCUAUGUCAGAGAACUCAGGGAGGAAGGAAACUCUAUUGAUAACUAUGGAAAAUAUUUCUGACAAAGACGGAUAUGACAACAGAAGAUAUCCAGGAAAUUCAAUUGGAAAUACACACACGCUAAUAGUUCCAGAAAUUAACCCCUACAGUACAACUGUUUACAUAAGGAAAAAAACAUGUGGAUGUCAGCAUAGGAAGAGUUCUGUCUAGAAGGCAACGCUAAGAUAUAUCAAAGAAUUCACACAGACUUCUGUUUUUUCAGAGGACAAUACAAAGUCCUUUUGAAUGAAGUCAUACCCUUUUAGAUAAUUCAUGCAUCAGUCUGUUAAUCUGUUCAACAAUAAGUUUCAUUUUUCUUUAAGGAACACAGCUAGUCCAAAUUUUCUGAACUUCCCUUUCACCUAAGAGGGAUUUGUGAUAGGCUGCUGGAAUGUGAAUGCCUGUGAUGUAUGCUGUAACCAGAUCUUACAAAUCAGAAGUCUUCCUGAGAAGCUUCCAGGGACCUGUAAGAAUAAAAUGAAUGAUUUCUGGGUUGUCAUGCCUUAAUGUGGCAUAGCCCAAGGUUAGAAAGUCCAGCAUGCCUGAAUAAAUUGAUAAGAGAAAAGUUGUCUUCCAUAUCUUUGCUGGUGAAAAAUAUUUUGAGCAAAAUUUAGACUUUAUUCUAUUGAACUUUUGCAUGUCUUGAUGUAUUUGUUUCUACAUCUAGUUUAGCUCUCACCCUGUUAGGAAGGCAGAAUAUGGGUAUGUAAACCAAGUCUAAGUCAGCCAGAGGACACCAGCAUCAUCAGAAGACUACUGGGUUGAGGAGUCUCUCAAGGAUGAUGAGAGAAUUCAUACAAAAGUCAUCCUUUCCAUAUAAUGAAGUAGAUGGUAUCACUUGGUACAGUGUAUUAGAUGAACCUAAAGUGUUGGGAGAGGAAUUUUUGUUGGUUGAUUUGGGUUGAAUGGUGAGCAGCCACCAUACAGCUCAAAGGAACUAUUUCUUGUUGAAUGGCAUAAAACUACUUUCUUCAGUCCUAUACCACAGCCACAGCUUCUUUAAAGAGUAAGGUUUCCUUAUCAGGGCUGGAAACUUGAGUAUUCUAGGGUGAUGUCUGGGAAGGGAAAAGACUCAAAUGUUUAUGGCUUUAUUGGAUACAAGUGCCCAAGUCAACAACUUGCCAAUUCUGAUGGAGGUAGGGGCUCCUAGAUUUAGCUAAUGUGGUUCGGAAGGGAAACAAAAGUAACUUGGUGGAUGGAACUGUUUAGGUCAGUGCAAUCAAUAUACUGUGGUUACUUCUAUAUCUCAAAGUGUAGUAGUGCUGGGGAUGUAGCACAGUGAUGAGGUGCUUGCCUAGCAUGUGUGAGACCCUUGGUUCAAUCCCCAUUGCCAAAAAACAAAAUAAGAAUCAAUAUGGUAUAUGCUCUAUUUCCCACAAGUCAUACAAGGAAUUCCCCCAGUCAGGAAGAAUGGAAUGUGGAGAAGAAAAUCAGCUCUUAGCUUACUCUUGGGCUCUUUUACACAGUGGAAACCUUUGGCUUCAGUAGAGGCCUCUGCUUUAAAUUCCAGUUUUGGGGUAUGUCAUCUUGGAUUCAACAACUAACAAAAUGAAGAUAGCCCAGCAAGCCUCAACUAGCAGAAUGAAAACUGUUGAAACUGCAGAUUCAUAGGUCCACAGUGUCUAGCUGUACAUGAAACAAUAGCAGGCUUUUGUUAAAAGAGAACUUUAUCUCCUCCUUUGUUACCUGAAACAAAAUUUCUGGCUUAGUAGGACCCUCAGUUUGUGGAGGUCAAUCUAACUGGGCCUUGUUGGCUAACUUGAAAGCACUAGAAUGCUGUAUCUGCUUAAAUUUGUCUUCAUAUACUCCAAAAUGAAAGUGGUCACUCCUCAGUGAACAGAUCACAAGGAUUUCACAACACUAUCCAGUAUUUCAUUUCAUAAACCGUGGCCUUACUCUUGGGCUUUUUUACACAGUGCAUUCUGAUUGACCCUUGAGCUCUUGCUGUGGCCUAGCUAUUAUAAAUUCCAAUUAGAAACUAUAUACAGAUUAAAGGCCCUCUGUGGUGUUCUGAACUGUGGGAGAAAACAGCUGCCGAGCACCCACAGUGUGCUUCACUAGAUGCCCAUGAUUAAACUGUUCUCUAGUGACGCUCAAGUGGAAGCAAGCUGCCGAUCCAGUGCUCUCUCUUCAGAUGUUGCCACCUGUGUCCAUCAUUGUGCUGGUAUGUGAAAACAUUCUGUGUCUCCACUGGGCACAAAAGUCUGUAUAUAUCCCACAUCUCUAUAGGUGUCAUUUGAUGUAAGGAUUUACCCAUUUUUUCCUUCUGAAUGAAUAGACAAUAUUCCGUAUACCAUUUGGUUAGAUAACAUCUUUCUCACUGAUUUUUUUCUUUUUCAAAAAAAAAUUAUUUUUAUAUAUGACAGCAGAAUGCAUUACAGUUCUUAUUACACAUAUAGAGCACAAUUUUUCAUAUCUCUAUACAAAGUAUAUUCACACCAAUUCGUGUCUUCAUACAUGUACUUUGGAUAAUAAUGACCAUCACAUUCCACCAUGAUUUCUAACCCCCUGCCUCCUCCCUUCCCCUCCCACCCCUCUGCCCUAUCUAGAGUUCAUCUAUUCCUCCUAUACUCCCCCUCCCUACC